AUGCGCUCUACGAUCUAUCUUGGGUUUCUGGCUGCACUUCGGCUGACAGCUGCCGAUCAGGUCGGAUACUUCAAUUCCGACGACUGCGCCGACCCUUCCGGGUUUGCCUCGUGCUAUGAGGACGCGGAUGAAUGGUACGCAGAUUGCAUCAAUGAGAACUGUUUGGGACUGGGUAAAGAUUGUCACGAUGCCUGCGAGUACGCCAGACAAGGUGCGUAUACGCGGUGUGCGGCAACAUCAUGCUGGAAUAUGGUCUACAGCUGCGAAUACCAACAGCAAGCCAGCGACUAUGUAACCUCUGCCAUCGAUCCUGACCUCGAUAGCAUUCCCUUCUGGCCAGCUCCAGACAAAGCCGCAGGCAGAUGCUCAUGCCCAAUUGGAGACGUCACCACCGCCCAAGUUCUCAUGAACGAGGGCAUCGAAAGCUGUGGGGAUUACGCGGAUCCCUUCAGUCUGUCGGCCGACCAGAUAGAAAGCAUUGGCAUGGGCUGCCUGUGCUGCGGAUGGAGCGGCUGGCUAUCUAGCCUCGACUCGUUUUGCCCACGCCUUAACCCCGCCGAGCUCGGAUUGGACGGCUUAGAGCAAUUUGUCCAGGACAACGUACCAGGUUUCGACUGGAGUACUUGCCAGCAGUGGCUCGACCAAUACGACUGCGUCGCGGACUUUGGGUAUCCGGCGAGCAUUCAGACAUACUAUGGACCUGGCAACAUCCCCGAGGGCGGAACGGAAACUCUGAGCAAUAUCGGAGCCCUCACCACUCCUGUCAGUGAGACUGUCACUUUCACGAUCGGAUCCCAACUAUUCCCCGUUACUGCGGUGUCAACGGACGCAUCUGUUCCUACGGGGUCGAGCGACAGCAACGAUAGCAGCGACAACGAUGACAGCAGCAGCAAUGAAGCCAGCCAGACCACUGCCGACAGUUCUCAAGAGACCUCAGUAGACCAGACGACUGAGGCUGGGCCUGCACCAACAGACGCGGCUAUUCACCAAGUGGCCGUCAGCAAAAGUCUCCUGGCGCUUGUAGCGGUAAUUCUUGGCGUCAUCUAUAUCCUGUAA